CAGAAAUAAAAAAUGGCUUCUCUUGAUAGGGUAAAAGUUUUAGUUUUGGGAGAUUCUGGGGUAGGCAAAUCUUCCUUGGUCCAUCUUCUAUGCCAGAAUCAGGUUUUAGGAAACCCCUCUUGGACGGUUGGUUGCUCUGUGGAUGUGCGGGUUCAAGACUAUAAGGAGGGAACCCCAGAGGAGAAAACUUUCUACAUUGAGCUUUGGGAUGUUGGAGGAUCUGUUGGUAGUGCCAGCAGUAUCAAAAGCACCAGAGCAGUCUUCUAUAAUUCAGUUAAUGGAAUAAUUUUGGUACAUGAUUUGACCAAUAAGAAAUCCUCCCAGAAUCUCUACCGCUGGUCAUUAGAAGCAUUGAAUAAGGAUUCCUCUCCGACAGGAGUAAUCGUCUCAAAUGGUGACUAUGACAGGGAGCAGUUUGCUGAGAACCCAGUACCUUUACUGCUGAUUGGAACCAAGUUUGACCAGAUUCCAGAGAGCAAACGCAGUGACGUUCUCACCCGGACGACUUUCCUAUCCGAAGAUUUCAAUGCAGAAGAGAUCAAUCUUGACUGCACCAACCCACGAUACCUUGCUGCUGGCACAUCAAAUGCUGUGAAACUUAGCAGGUUCUUUGACAAGGUAAUAGAGAAGAGAUACUUCACCAAAGAUCCAAGUCAAAUGACAGGUUUCACAGACAGGAAGAGGUUCAAUUUCAAAACUUUGCACUAUGACUAAUGUCCUGAAUGCAGAGGCAGUGGUCUGCGGUUUGAUCAUCGAAUCUGUUGGUUUUUGUUAGAAAAAAUCACCCAUAAGCCCCACCAACCUCACCUCUCAUUCCAAAUAAAUGUAAUUAUGUAAAUAACUAACAAACAUGCUCAAAUAAAAAAUGUUAAGUUUGA